UAAAAAAAUUUGUCACCAUAAAAAUGAUACUCCUCAACCUGGGUGGUAAUCCUUAAUACACAUAUCUACUUAGACCCAACCAGAUUGAUUAAAUUUUCAAUUUUCCAGAGUUGAAGACUCCAAACUGCCUCAGGGGGCGUCCCAUUCACCUCGCUGCUUCAGCCUCUUCGUGUCGUGACGGAGCAGCCUCGAAGCAACAUCAGGACCGCGUCGGAGCAGCGCCAGAACCGCCUCAGAUCUACACCAGCGAUCGUGCAGUGGUGGUCCUACACGCCGGAAGUUCGAGAGAGAGAGGACAAUGGAACUAUUAGCAACAGGAUUAAAAAUGAGGAGGACGUGGUGGUGCGGUGGAGUUCGAAGGAACGAUUCUGGAAUUGGUUGAGGAAAGUGAUGUGGUUAUGGAGUUGGGAAGAGGAUGGUGAUGCGAUUUUGAACAGAGGAGAGGAGUGGUGAGUUCGACGGUAGUUUGGAGAAGAAACGGAGGUGGUGAGUUCGACGGCUAUGGAAGAGAGGAUGGGAAGAGAGGGUAAAGGAGGAGGGGUAUAAUGGUAAUGUUAGGUAAUAUGGGGUAGGGAUAUAAUGGUAUUAUGGAGGAGAGAUAUAAAUAAAACUUUAUUUAUUUGACAGGAUAAAAUGGUAACUUACCAUGUUAAUUUUCAGCCACCCAAAAUAGUUAGACUUUAGAAUUAUUUUUUCCAUAUUUAAUUGUGGCCAGAAAUUGAUUUUGAAACCCAAGUCACUGGUUCACCCUAGCCUUCACCCAGGUUAAUUCCUAGUAUACAGCAAAGACAUGUCAUCUUUUUCUUUUAGCAUCUUAAAAACAAACUACUGCAAAAUUGGAAUUUAGUUAAAAAUUGAGAAAUUAUUCAAAACGCAGGAGCACUGAAUCAAGCCGCCGCCGCCGCCGCAGCACCACCACCGCUUAAUUUGGAACCACCGUUCUCUAUCCAUUUGUGCGCAAUGUCAAUUUCAAGGUUAAGGUGGUUUCUUCCGAAUCCCACUUUUCUUCUUUCAUUUUCAUCCCUUCACUCUCACACUCACGCUUUGCCCCUUUCCACACACAAUCCUGAUGAUGCUGUGUCUUUAUUCCAUCGCUUGCUCCAAAUGCGUCAUACUCCAUCAAUCAUCGAAUUUGGUAAGGUUCUAACAUCCCUCAUGAAGGCGAAGCAUUACUCCACCGCCAUAUCCCUUUCUCACCAAAUGGAAUUUAGGGGAAUCAUGCCUGACAUCUUUACUCUCAACAUCUUAAUCAACUGUUACUGCCACCUAGGUCAAAUCUCUUUUGCCUUUUCUGUUUUGGCCAAGAUUCUCAAGAGGGGUUAUAAGCCAAAUACAAUCACCUUCAAUACCCUCAUUAAAGGUCUCUGUCUUAAAGGUGAGGUUAAGAAAGCACUGCACUUUCAUGACGACCUGCUAGCGCAAGGAAUUCAAUUGAACCAAGUCAGUUAUGGGACCUUGAUCAAUGGGUUGUGUAAAAUGGGUGAAACAAGAGCUGCCCUGCGAUUGCUGAGACAGAUUGAAGGGAAAUUAGUUCAGCCUGAUGUGGUCAUGUACAGCACAAUCAUUGAUAGCCUCUGCAAAGAUAAACUUGUAAGUGAUGCCUGCGAUUUAUAUUCGGAAAUGGUACUCAAGAGAAUUUCUCCUACUGUUGUCACUUUCAAUGCUCUAAUUUAUGGCUUUUGCAUUGUGGGUCAAUUGAAAGAAGCAGUUGGUUUGCUAAAUGAAAUGGUGUUGAAAAACAUCAACCCAAUUGUUAAUACUUUUAAUAUUCUGGUUGAUGGGUUAUGUAAGGAAGGAAAGGUGAAAGAAGCUAAAAAUGUGUUAGCUGUGAUGAUGAAAGAAGGUGUAAAGCCUGAUAUUUUCACUUACAAUUCUAUCAUGGAUGGGUAUUGCCUAGUUAAAAAAGUGAACCAGGCUAAAGAUGAAUUCAACUCUAUGACUCAGAGGGGAGUCGCUCCUGAUGUUUGCAGCUACAAUAUCAUGAUUAAUGGAUGCUGUAAGAUUAGAAUGGUGCAUGACGCUCUGGAUCUCUUUGAGGAAAUGCAUUCCAAAAAUCUGAUUCCUGAUACAGUAACUUACAACUGCCUUAUUGAUGGUCUGUGCAAAGUAGGGAGAAUAUCUUGUGCUUGGGAGCUUGUUGGUAAAAUGCACGACAGAGGUCAACAAGCCAAUGUAAUCACUUACAAUUCUUUAUUAGAUACUCUAUGCAAGAAUCAUCAUGUUGACAAGGCAAUUGCAUUACUUGAGAGAGUUAAAGACAAGGGCGUUCAACCAAAUAUGUACACAUACAAUAUAAUUAUUGAUGGACUGUGCACAAGUGGAAGACUAAAGGAUGCACAAGAUGUUUUUCAGGAUCUUUUGAUUAAAGGCUAUCAUCUAGAUGUUGCGACAUAUAGUGUAAUGAUUAAAGGGCUUUGUAGAGAGGGCUUGUCUGAUGAAGCACUGGCCUUGCAAUCAAAAAUGGAAGACAAUGGCUGUGUUUCUGAUGCUGUAACUUAUGAAACAAUUAUUCGGGCUCUCUUUAGAAAAAAUGAGAAUGAUAAAGCACAGAAACUUCUUCAUGAGAUGAUUGCUAGAGGUCUGCUUAAGAGUAAAGCCAUGUGAGGUGCUUUCCAGCUAAACUUGGUUAUUUUGAAUAUUCAUGAUGAACAUCCUGUCUUUUUCAAUUAUAUUUUGAAUUUGAAUUUUCAUCUUUUAUAAUUUGUUAGAUGUAUGAUUCGUUGAUCA